UCCAUGAGACCAGGACUCUGCACACCAGCCUAUGGACGCUUCUUUGAAUUUGAUCUUGAAAAGGAAAGGAAAAUAUCUUUGAGAACUCUGAUUGAUCGAUCUGCGGUGGAGAGCUUUGGUGGUGGUGGCAGUGUCUGCAUCACGGCUAGAGUUUAUCCGGUGUCGCUUGUCGAUGACGGCGGGGCCCAUAUGUAUGUCUUCAACAAUGGAAGUACCAUGGCCAGGGUGCCGCAGCUCAGGGCAUGGAGCAUGAGGAAAGCACAAGUGAAUGUGGAGAAGGGUUGAAGUGAUUGUUAGC